AUGCUUUGCGACGCAAAUCCUUCGCACGCAAUCGCCAUCAGAGACCCAAACCCCCUCUCGGACGCGCCAUUUGCAAUGGGCUUCAUUCGGCAAACAUGGACUCUCACAGUAAAGAAUCUUCUCAUAGUCUUUGUGCGUCGUUGGUUUUCGACGAUCCUGCGAGCAUUGGUUUUACCAGUGGCUUUUAUGUUCUUUAUUUCCUACGUGCGCAACUUUUUCCUCCCGCCGUCAACCUAUGGCUUCGGGUCCCCAAGGCCAAUCAGGAAUCUGACCACUGAUGUCUUUGGUCCUUCGACAGCAGGCCGCAACAGAAUUGCCUUCAUCAACAAUGGAUACGUCGGAGGUCAGAUAGAGAGUCUGAUCAGCAGACUUUCCACCCCCCUGAUUGAAGCAGGAGUUGAUGUUCAAGUCCUAUCUCAAGAUGAGGAAUUGACUAGGGUGUGCCGAAGUUCUCUUCGUGGGACCUCCAGCUGCUAUGCAGCUGCAAGCUUCGAGUCUUCCCCAACUGAAGGUGACGGUGGGGUGUGGAAUUAUACAGUGCGGGCCGACUCGAGUCUGGGCUUCACAAUCUUCGUUGACCGGGACGACAAUGCACAACAGAUACAUUCCCUUCCUUUCCUUCAUGCAAUCGAUGCCGGUAUCGCCUCACUAAGCGGGAUGGAUUUCCCAGAAACCAUGAAUGAAUAUCCCUUCACAUCGCAGACUCGGCAGGAACGAGAUGAUGACAUUCAAGUCCUAUACAUGGGAGCUUUGAUCGACUUCCUCGCAGUGACGUUCUUUGUCGGCAUUUGCGGCAUCACCUACCAUCUUGCGGGACACAUGGCUUCUGAACGUGAAUUAGGAAUGUCUCAACUCAUCGAUGCGAUGACUGCGAAUCGUCACCAUUUGCAAACUCAGGCGACCAGGCUUUUUUCGACCCAUUUGGCCUUCGACAUCAUAUACCUGCCCGGUUGGAUCGUAAUGGGUCUGAUCGUCUCUAUCUAUGUGUUUCCCCGCACCUCCUCUGCCAUCAUCAUCCCAUUUCAUGUUCUCACAGGCAUAUCGCUCUCGGGGUAUUCUAUCCUUGGCGGCAGUUUGUUCCGUAAAGCUCAACUUUCGGGCAUAACUAUCACCAUAACGUCAAUUGUCUUUGCUGUUAUUGCACAAGUGGCCGGGCCUAGUACUUCUGCCACUGCCGCCGUUCUCAGUUUCAUCUUCCCACCAAUGAAUUAUACACUGUUCAUAAUCUACAUGGCGAGAUGGGAACGACAGCUUCAACCAACCAACUUGACAGAGGGCGCACCUGAGAGUCCCUGGCAACUAACAGGUUCUAUUUUCUUCGCCUGCCUGGCUGUUCAGAUCGUAGUCUUUCCUGUAUUGGGAGCGUUAGUUGAGAGGAGCUUGUAUGGCACAGCGUCAAGAGCUCGCAAAAUCACGUUCGAUUCUCCGCACAAAUUAGACGCUAUCAAGCUGGUGGACUUUUCAAAACGUUACAAACCAAGCUGGUGGUACAGAAACGUUGUGUCUCUUUUUGGCGAGCAGCAGAGAACCGUGAACGCAGUAAACGGUUUGAGUCUUACAGCACUUAGAGGGCAGGUGGUGACCCUACUCGGUGCCAAUGGGUCAGGCAAGAGUACAACGCUAGACGCUGUAUCAGGUCUUAACACGGUUACCAGCGGCUCAAUCCUUGUUGAUGGCACGGGAGGUCUGGGUUUAUGUCCACAGAAGAACGUGCUAUGGGACGAGCUCACCGUUUAUGAGCAUGUGGCGAUUUUCAACGGGCUGAAAGCCCCUACAAAGCCGGAUUCCAAAGCACAGAUUCGCCAGCUCGUUAAAGCUUGCGAUCUUGAAAAUAAGUUUGACAAAAAGUCGAAAACUCUCUCCGGUGGCCAAAGACGCAAAUUGCAGCUCGCAAUGACUUUCACGGGCGGAAGCCGUGUCUGCUGUGUGGAUGAAGUUUCCUCGGGGCUAGACCCACUGUCACGUCGGAAGAUUUGGGACAUCUUGCUUGCCGAACGAGGCGUACGCACGUUCCUCUUCACAACCCACGCCCUGGAUGAGGCUGACGUUCUGUCCGAUCAUAUCGUAAUCCUGUCCAAAGGCAACUUGAAAGCCCAGGGCUCUGCAGUUGAGCUGAAGCACAGGUACGGUGGUGGCUAUCGAGUACACGUCCGUGACGUAUCGAAAGUAGCCUCAUCACCAGAGUUCGACCCCCUUCCCCGGAAAGUGCUUCCUGACGAAACAAUAUUUCGGCUCGCAGAUUCUGCAGGUGCCGCACGAUUUAUCGAUAAACUCGAAAAGCAGGGUGUUCAAGAUUACCAAAUGAACGGACCCACCAUUGAGGAUGCGUUCUUAGGACUGGCGGAGGAAGGAAAACAAGAUUUAUUAGAGCCAGAGGACCCGGUCUUGGGUGCGCAAGCACCGGCUGAGGUCUCCAAGGGCGGACCACCAAUAUCCACGUCCUCGUCCGAUGCCCAGAAUGAGAAGGCGCCGCUGUAUUUAUUGCGAGGAAAAGGUUCUAGUCUUGCAUGGCAGACUUGGACCCUCUUUCGCAAGAGAGCUCGAAUAUUCAGUCGCAACUACUUCCCCUACUUCUGCGCUGUUGUGAUUCCCAUUGCUACAGCAGGUCUCGUGACCUUCUUUCUCACCGGGUUCGAAGGACUCACCUGUCGACUGGGGGAGUUGGCCAACAAUCCUAGAGUCGCUACGCUUCCCCGACUGGAGUACUUUUGGGGCAUCAUGAUUCCGGCAGGGUCCUCCGGUCGAUUUACGCGAGAACUUCUCCCAGUCCAAUACAGGCCAUAUGCAGACCGAUUACGUCGCGUCGACACGUUCAAUAAAUUUCAGGUUUUUGUCCGCGAUAAUUUUCGCGAUGUUGUUCCCGGAGGAGUUUAUCUUGGAGACAAUCUCGACGACACACCUCUACUUGCGUACAGAGCUAACGGAGGUCUCUACUUUUCUGCUUUAGCGAAGACCGUGUUCGAUUCGUUUCUGAUGAACACGACGAUUGUCACACAGUUUUCUACCUUUGCCCUUCCAAUCGCAUCCAGUACGGGCGACACGCUACAGCUGACUCUUUACUUUGGGCUGGCGAUGUCGGUCUAUCCUGGCUUUUUCGCCCUGUACCCUACUGUCGAGCGCCUAAAUAAUGUCAGAGCCUUGCAUUACAGCAACGGCGUCAGAGCUGGGCCGUUGUGGCUUGCAUAUAUACUAUUCGAUGUCAUGUUUGUCCUUGUGGUCAGCGCCGUGACCAUUGCUAUUUUCGUCGCAGUCUUUGAUCUUUGGUAUGCCCCGAGUUACAUGUUCGUAACUUUCUUCCUCUAUGGAUUGUCAUCGACAUUGUUAGCCUAUGUCGUAUCUCUGUUUGCGAGAUCGCAGCUAGCGGCUUUCGCCUUCACCGCAGGUGGCCAAGCUAUCUUCUUGCUGAUCCACUUUAUCAUCCUGCCUGAAAGGCUUCUUUCAGACCUCAACGUGGUCCAGUUCACGUAUGGCUUGAUAACCCCUUCAGGAAAUCUGCUUCGAGUCUUGCUCCUAUCUCUGAACCAAUCUCAACUACUUUGUCGAGAUCAAUCGCUCGUUGGCUAUCCCGGAGACAUCACGGUCUAUGGCGGACCGAUCCUUUACCUAACACUUCAGUCGAUGGCAUUCUUUACUUUUCUGGUAUGGUAUGACAGUGGCUAUAAGCCGGAACUCCUGACUCGAGCAAAAAUUUAUGUCAGUGACGAGGAAAGAGAAGCUGAGAGGCGAGACGAGGAGGUGUUCACUGAGGUCGAACGAACUGAGAACUCCUCCGAUGGCCUCCGCGUGCUGCACUUGACUAAAGCCUUCGGUUCCAAUACUGUCGUGGAAGACGUUACCUUCGGUGUGAAGCACGGGGAAGUAUUCAGCCUUCUGGGUCCUAAUGGUGCCGGUAAGUCGACAGCGAUCAGCCUGAUUCGUGGCGAUAUACGGCCGUCAAGCAACAAAGGAGACGUUUUAGUGGAGGGAAUAUCGAUAAGCAGACACCGAGCUGCCGCACGGGGAUAUCUCGGGGUUUGCCCACAAUUUGACGCAAUGGACCACAUGACGGUACUCGAACAUCUUCGCUUCUACGCCAACGCUUGCGGUGUUCCUGACGUUGAACACAAUGCCGCUCAAGUGAUCGCUGCUGUUGGCCUGGAACCUUUCAAAAACCGCAUGGCCGGCAAACUAUCAGGAGGAAAUAAGCGCAAGUUGAGUCUGGGUAUCGCGAUUAUGGGCAAUCCUUCGGUGCUCCUCCUGGACGAGCCCUCAUCCGGCAUGGAUGCCAUCGCGAAGCGCGUGAUGUGGAAGAUGUUGAACGCGGUGAAAAGCGGCCGCUCGCUCGUCAUAACCACACAUUCAAUGGAAGAGGCAGACGCGCUUGCUGACCGCGCAGGCAUUCUGGCCAAAAAGAUGCUAGCCUUAGGCACCAGCGAUUACUUGCGCAGGAGAUAUGGCGAUGGAUAUCACAUACAUCUUGUCCAUCGCCAGGGACCGCACGCGAUGAGGGAGGAAAUGGAGGCUUUGCGGCACUGGGUCCUCACCAAAAUUCCGAGAGCAGUUGCAGAUGACACCAUGUUGCAUGGACAAUUCAAGUUCAGGUUGCCAAACACCUACCGCAUACACGAGUCUCAGGAGAAACAGAGCUCCAAUUCGAUGGCCUGGCUCCUUGCUCUUCUGGAGGAUCACAAAGACGAACUCAACAUCGAGUACUAUUCCGUUACUCAGACGACGCUGGAGCAGGUUUUUUUGAGCAUCGUUGGAAAGCACAGGAUUGAAGAAGAGGAGAAUCUGCGGGCGACGCAAGGCGUCACGAAAUUUGAUAGAGUAGCAGCAGAGCUCAAAAACUUUGUCAGGCGUUGA